AGGCGUGGCAAUUGUGCUCAUUGUACUCUCGAAGCCUAUUGUUGUUGACCAAAGAACAACGUUGAGGUUGACGCCCGCCUACUCUUCUGUUCCGUUUAUAUAAACGGCCUAACCUCGAAUCGUAGCCCCCAGCUGCGCUCAAAUUCCCUUUUCUGCAUUUCCAGUUCUUGUGUUUCAAGUUCUUCUCCGAACCCGCCCCCACACUCUUUUCCAACAUCUUUCCUUCUUCCGACACCUGUAUUAUCAUUUACUAUGUCCGUACGCAUGGACGCUCAGCAAUUAAAUAUUGCAGUGUACAACAUUAUGCAGACAAUCCCACCGCAGAAAGUGGUCAGUUGCGGCCAUGUAGCCAAGCUCCUUGGAAUACCCAAACAAGCGCGACGAGUGAGACAAGCCGUUAAUUUCAUCUCACAUACAACCGAGCCAGUUCCAUGGCAUCGCGUCGUCUCUACUUCAGGAGUAAUCUCCACUGAGAGCUCAUGCCCUCAGCAAAUGGCUUUGGAAAAAGAUGGGGUGGAAGUUUACAUCGGGAGGGUGGGUGAGUCGAGAGUUGACUUGCAAAAAUGGGGAUGGUUCCCCGAAGUGGGCAGCGUAAAGCUGACGAAGAAUAUACCUGUUUCAAACAAUGAGUGGGGCUCCUGAGGGUUUUUGGUCGGUUUCGUUCUUAGUGAUUGCGGUUGGAUUGGAGGUUAUGGUUUAUUCUUUUUUAUCUCGCCAUCGAGUAUGGCGAGCGUACCGCGACCGAUUUAUGUUCAACGCUCAACAGUGAGCGGCUUACCUUACAAGACAUUAAUUACGAGGUAUAUACGUUUGUCAGUAAUGUAGCGCUUAGACUGUAUUUUUGAAUUCUUCAUAAGAUUUAGUACUAAGCGCUCGCAAUGCAUGAUGAUGAGUGGGCUGUUGCACUGGGAUACUUGAUCCUACGAGGUCGCAUCCUACUUG